GGUGGGAUUUGAAAAUUCCCAAUUUCGUAUUCAAUUAAGCUAAUGAUAAGUGUAAGCCAACCUUUUCAAGCAUUUAUAACUAAGUCACACUCAAAAAUUAAAAAGUUUCGAGCUGAAAUUGAGUAAGCUGUUUAGCUCACCGACACCAUCAUGGGCUCCAUCAGACAGAUAACCCCACCAUGACGAGUGCUGUGACGCAGCGCUUGCUUCGUCAACAUCAACCUAACUCUGCAGCUGCGGCAAAUAACAAUAUUACUCCACACCUCUCGAAUAAACAACGAGAUAAUAAUUGUAGCAUUUUACAAUCACGCAAUUUCUUGGACAAAAUCUCCAAGAAAUGUGGUAGUGCUGAAACUCCUGGGUUUCUCAAGCCUCCGAUUUUAACUCCUGCCAGUCAGAACCUCGGUCAGAUAUCGAAGAGCACCUCCGAGAAGUCGAGAGAUUCAUCAAAAAGCAAUGUAAAACAGAGACGCCAUUGCAUAACUCACAGCAUUGGCCCGGAAUAUGAAAAUUUCCCUAAAGAAAGGGAGAAAAAAUGUACCCAUAAAAAUGUGAAUGAAAAUACUGUUGUUGAGGAACUCUACGCUGACCGUCGUUCUUUACUACUUUUGCAAUUUAUCAUCGAUACGAAGAAAUUCAAUUUACUACUGAGCGGUAACCGAGCCUUGCUGACUCCGCCGUUACGAAAAAGACGAUCAAGAGUCAAGAAGUGUACUACGGAUCGCAGUGAUCGCGUUACCAUCAGACGUACCGUGCAACGUCUCGACAUGGCAGCCUCUCAGCAGCACUUCGAUAGGGACAAGGAUUUGUUUGAGAAAGAGACGUCAAGUGACAUCGAGCUCUUGGUUGGGGUGGGGGCCGGCGUAGAACGCAUCCCCGCCCACUCGUGGGUGCUCACGCGCAACAACGAUCACUUCAGGAAGCUACUUGCGCAACCCGCGAAACAGCUUCAUUUUCCUGACGACCCCAAGAGUUUCCGGAAUUUUAUCGGAUGGCUUUACGGUUGCUAUUUCACCCCCUCUUCUACGAAGAAGGCUCUCGACACCCUUCACGUAGCCAUGAAGUAUUCUGCUGUUGACCUCAUCGAACAUCUUGUAUCUUACUUGAUUACAAACCUGCGCGUCAGCAACGUGCUUUGUAUCAUGGCGUGGAUACACCAGUCCAGCAGAAUAUUUUCCUCCUGUACCCUGGACAGCCCUCGAGGUAUGGACUCAGAACUCGCACCUUCAGCGCCACCAGCCGAAGACAGCCAUGACGACGAGCUCCCUCCACCAUACGCUGCUUGUCAAAAUUCUACCAGCGAUGUUUCGCCUCCACCGUACAAGGAUAUUUACGACAACGCUUGCAUAGAUCCUACGAUGGCAUGUACACAACUUGUUAAUGAGUGCUGGCGACUGGUCGACGUUGAGGCUGAGGUUAUAUUGGCGUCAGAAGCUCUUGAGGAGUUAUCAGCAUCUUUGUUGUCAGCCAUUCUAAGCAGACCCACCUUGGGAGUCGGCAGUGAAAAGAUCGUUUUGGACGCGCUCUACAAAUGGGCGAGCGCGGAAUGCAGGCGCCAACGCCAACCUCAGAAUAAGGAAGGAUGGCGACAAGUCUUGGGCCAAAUGCUUUCUUUACCACGACUUUUAACCCUCGAUGUUAAAGAGCUAAGCAGUCUAGAUAAGCUGUACGACAAACAAGAAAUCGAGUAUGUCUCUGCUGUGGUGAAGAAGAAUCCUUGUGUUCCUGCCGUACCGCCGUUGUUCGUAAGCUUCGUCGAAAAAAUGUCAACGAGGAGACAAAAAGCUGGCAAAAUAACCCCUAAUAAGAAUAACAAAGGGAAGAGCAAGAAGUCUGCUAAGAAAAACCUUCCAAGAGAUAUAAUGUAUAGGAUUUUAUGUAUUUUUGCUCACAUGAUUGAUUAAUACCCGCCAGCUGACGUCAUUGCGUUUUAUGCCCUCGAUUAUAUUCGCCGGGCUUCUGAUGUCUUUUUGUAUUCAUGUUGAUCUUCCACUUGAACAUUUGGAAUACUGAGUGGGACUGCCUUAUGUUUUAAUUAUUUUGUGCUAUCAAUGUAGUAGUUGAUCGGAUUUUCAACGGUCGCGAUAGGAUGCCUGCUCACCAAGCGCAGUUGCAAGUAGCUUUCUCGUAUACGGAAAUGAGUUCUUUUUAAUAUAAUAUGUAGAUUUUUAAGUCUAUGUUGUGGGCUUCUUUUACAGGAGUGUGCUAAAUAUUUGCAGUGAUAUUUUCAAAGGAAGCAAAUUUUUAAAUCAUUAAAUCCACGUAAAUUUUUCUUAAACUAUCAUUUAAUCUCAUGUAUUUUUCACAGUAGUUUUAUAGCAUUCCUUUUAUCAGAAGUUGAAUAUAUGUCUUAAUUGAGCGCACACCUAUUGUUGAGUGCAACCAAAUUACUCUAAUUUAUUCUGGUAUACAAAUUAUUCACAAUAUUCCGAACGUCAAAUACAUCCAGUGGAAAGUUCAACAUAUACUCUUUAGUUUUGUACGGUAUUAACAACUGGCUAUGAUCGCUAUACACAUGUUUCUAUUUGAUUAGUUUUAUGCAUUUUUCAAUUUGGUGAUCAAAUUGUUUUUUUUUAUUCGUGUUGUACACGCUCACAUUUUUAGUUCUCCGGGCAUUUGUUUAUGUUUUGUACCGCUACGGAUGACUUAGUCAUAGUUGGUGCUGUUGUUUGGUGCCAAAUCCCUGGUCAUCCAACUCAUCGUCCAUCGUAUUAGAUGUUGUUGACAUGAGUUCUCAAUGUUAUGUGGCAUUAUUAAGAUUGUCUUUUAUCAAUUUAUUGCAAUUGAUGAUUCAGAAUAAUUAUUUGCAGGUUAUAUGAACGUAAUAUCAUAGAUUUUACUUACAUUAUUGCUACAACUCUUUCAGGGUCUUGAACUUGCAUGGGACAACAUCAAUCCCAUUAGUUAAUUGAUCGAAUACAAUGUGGCUGCCGCUUUCGCCUACAAAUUGAGCUUGUCGAAAAUUGUCUUUACGAUGUUUUGAUUCAACUACUGGUUUUGAAACAAUGUUACGAAUUAAAUCAUGUUCUGUGUGUAGUUUUUGAACUAGUCACAACUUAAUUCUUUUUUUUAUACGUUUAAGAAACAAAUUUUCUCUGUUGCUUUUUUCAGUAUUCUAUGUUGAAAAUUCGAUGUUAUCGUUAACCUCAAAGUUCCUGUAGUUGAUGUAUCGUGAUUUAUAUAUUUUAGAGUUAUAUUGGAACUUAAUAUAGUAAUUAUUAUUAUUACUAACUGCAGUUGUGACGUCGUGGUUGUUAACAAUAUUCUUCAUAUAUUCCUUUGUUGCAUACAGGGAAUGUGUCAGAGUUAUUGAUUUACCCCGUGUGGUAAAGAGUGGGGAAUGAAACAUCAUUUCAUAUGCGUAUUAAUUAUAAUUGGAUUUCUGUUCUUAUCUAAUUUAUAGAAAAGCUUAUUUUUAUUUAUGAAUUGUGUCAUUUUUCAAAAAAAUGGAUAGGUUGGGACAAAAUUACUAACGUGUGUUUUGUAUUUCUGUGUGAAGGUUUCAUUUUACUGUUUCUCUCUCUCUCUCUCUUGAGAAAUAAAAUCUUAUAAUAAAUCUAUUCUGAUCAUGGUUGUAAACGUCACAAUAUUAAUUUGAAUUUUAUUACAAGAAGGCGUGUUUUACAAAUUCAACAAGCAUCGACCAGCUAUAUUGCGUUAUUGCAUGUGAUGUUGGGUAUUACAAUAAACGACGUGCUUUGUUGUUACAAAAUCAAUGCUGUCAUGCCGCUAUUUAAUUCAACUAUUAACAUUAUUUUCUGAUGUUCAAUGACACUGACAACGUAUGGACUCGAAGAAACUUAAUUUUCAGUGAUGGGUAAUGGAUUUUGGAUGCACUGUAAGACUGACCUGUUUUGCAGUUUAGUUCUUUCAAUCAUUUUACUGACUUAUAUUUUGACAUAAAAUGAUAUCUCUGUAAUGGAUCUCCUGAGCCACACAACUAGGCUUAUCCAUUUCAUUCUAUAUAUUGAACUCAUUAUCAUUGCCAUCGCAGAUAAAUACCUUUGUAAUCAAUCCCUUGCUACACGAUGACAAGCCUCCCAAUUCGGUCACUGCAUGAAAUAACUAAUAAACGCAUUUAUUUUUAUAACAGUUGAUCUCAUUCUAUAAAUUUUAGAUAAAAAACUUCUAUUCAAUGGUUGUUCAUAAACCCCUUUACUUUAGUGCUCAUAUUCAUUUGCAUGUUUGCAAUUAUAAACAUCCUCGUUAGCUAUUUACUUUCCUUGUCUACCUGGAAUCAUCUUUUGAAUUAUUAUGUCGCAUCUGUCAUACAUAUUACGGUAUUUUCUACCAAAUUAUAAUCAGAAUCUUCUACAUAAAUAUCGAAUAUUUAUUCCAUGUUUUUGUGCUGCGUGUGGGCACUCGUGGUGACAACGAAUGCCCACAAUCGUUGUCACAUCCGAUGUUCCUUCCGCAUUUUUUCGUCAAAGAAUGAUUUUUAAAUAUAAUUUUUUUUUUGUUUCCCUGAAGCGUUUGCGUUUUUAAGGUAUGUAACAAUUCGUUCAUUACUUGGUUGUGUCAAAACCAUUUUAUAUUUAUGUAUAACCUGAUUAUCUUUUAUUUGCUCAAGAGCUGCCAUGACUUUAGUUUUGUUCUCAUUCUUUUCUGUGUACAAUGACAGCGUGCAGGCAGUUUGUUAUAUAAUUAUUUAUAACAACAUAUUGUUUUCGGAUCGCUACAAAAUAUUAAACACAUUGCUUAGUAUGAAUUAUCAUUCAAAUUUUAAACCAAACGCAACAAUCCCACUUGAUAAUAGUCAUAUAUAAUGAAUACAAUGUAAUAACCGUAGCGUUCAUGGUGAGUAAAAUUAGAAAAGGUAAUAUAUUAUUAAUCUGCCGUUAGAAUUAUAGUUAUAUUCGCGAUAUUAAUCAAUUGGAAAUUUCUACGAAAUUACUGAAUGAAAUUACAUAGUAUAGAGAUUGUAAGUUUCACUGUUACGAACCUCAAAAAUCUUUUUAUUGAAUUUAAAUUAAAAAAUCUAUUGAACUUUAUGCGGAAAUUUUUAUAGAUAUUAUCUAUUCGUGUGUAUAUUACCAAGAAUUUAACUUUGUUAGGUGUACUUAUAGUUGCUUUAUAUUCUUCAUGUUUAUAUAGACUUAGCUUGUCCAUUAGUACUACCUAACUAGGAUGUCGUGUGAAAGGAAUCUUAGUGUAGUUAAGUGUCACAAUAUUAUACAUUACGAAUAUUAUACAUUACGAAUAUUAUACAUUACGAAUAUGUGUGCCAGAAUAUGUACAAAUGUUCAAAAUGAACGUUUUUGAUAGAAGAAAAUUUUUAAUUAAAAUGAGAGAUGUUUGAAUCUAGGAAUCGACGUUAUAUAAUUGAAAAACUAAUUUUAAAUUUACGUUAUAUCAUUGAAAAACGAAUUUGAAGUAAGAUAUUUGAGUCUUUCAAUUUGAAUCACAAAAGUUGUAACGAAAUGGGAAAAACUGUGUUCUGAAGGAUAGGUUUACGGCGAUAUUCGAAAUUCAGCUGUUUUGAAAUUUAAAAAAGGAACUUUGAAAAUUUCUGAGUGCUGAAUUUAAUAAUAAUAAUAAAUAUCGUUAAAUUCAGCAGAACGUUUGAGUGCAGUGCUGGCCUCCCGUAUCGGCGGCUACGUUGAUAAGAGUUCUGAUAUAUUUGGAGUACUAAUAUUCACUUACAUGAGGUAAUACUUAAUUAGAUACAUUUGAAACACUUAUUACUAUUGAAUCUUUUACGGAUCUUCACUCUUCAGUGAUGUUGUCAGUAUUGUUCUCUGUUGAUUGUUUUUGAUUAUUUUAGUCAAUAAAAUCGUCUGCUUAAUUCUGGAACUCAUUUUUUUAUGUUCCAAUUUUGGAAUUCAUUGUAAUUUCGGUGCCAGUUUUGGAACUUGCGGUAUGGUAACUUUAACUUUGAUUUUUGAAUUCAUUGACUGUAAACUAAAAAUUUAAUUGCGCCUUAUGAAACUUUUAGUUUAGAGUUCUUUAAUACAGGAUUAUUUUAACAGCGUCUACCUUCCGAUGAUUGACGCUCCAGCAGUGACUUUGCUUCUAAAUCAGUAAAUUGAAUCUUUUUUGAAACUUGCGAAUAGAAAUCAAUGAAAAUAUGAGCUUCUCUAGUUUUUGAUGGAACAACUUAAGCGCUUUGCAUGUUAGAAAUUUAGAAAUAAAUACUUUGAAAACAAAUAAACAUGUCAAUCCAUU